AUGUCUGAACAAACUGUUGAAUAUAAUUUUAAAACUUCCUCCAUUGAGAAUCCCACUGAAAUUGCUCACUUGGUUCCCUGUAUAAUCCAUUUCAAUGGGCAAUCAGAUGAAAUUAAAACUAAUUUAAAAUUCGACCAAGAAGAAGAAAAGAAUCAUACAAACAAAUUUGUCACUUAUUUUAGAGGUAGAAAAUUAAUAGGCCAAGAUGUUUUAAAACUUUUAAAUGAAAAUAACAAAGUGAAAGCCUUUGUUAUGGAAGAUACAACAAACAUUCAAAACAACAAGCAAUUCCACGUAGUUUCCACCCUCGAUAAAGUUAUCAACUAUGAAAGAGAAGGCAAUGAGGAUCGUCUAGAUAUGGAAAUGUCUAAACUUCGAGAAUUCAUCGAUGUGACCAACUUGAUUCAUUCUUAA